AGCGGUGCUGCGUUGCGAGAUCACAGCAACACGUCACUCGUUCGAAUCACAGCAUCGCGUCCGGUCCUUGAUCAGUAAUAGACCUGCUUAUAGAAGAGGCCCGACGUUUCAUGAUGCGUCAUCGAUCGAUCGCUGCAGGUGCGGCGCAAACCUUCGUGCCGGCGCAGCAUGCGCGCGUGCCCAUAUCCAGCUGGUCAAUCUACCAUGUACUGAGCGAAAGUGAUCCGGCCUGCAUGAAGCAUGGUGCAUGGGUUGGAGAGGUGUUCGUGCGCCGGCAAUCACGGGGGUAGAGGUCGCAUUGAUUUGGGGAUCUGUCAUGGUAUCGGUCACACAAAGUACAAGCGGGAUAAGAGUUGUUUCAGUAAUACAUGAUCCGUCUCUUCUUUUGUUACAUUUCAAACAAAAAAAAAACGAAACG